AUGACUAUAACAAGUCUCUACUUCCUGUCGUUCAUCCCGGCCCUCAUCAUCAAUGGGGUAGCAGUCUGGGUCUGCAUGCGCCUUCAGUCAACGUCCACCUUCAUGGUGUAUCUGAAGAACCUUCUGGCUGCUGACCUUCUCAUGACCCUGACCAUCCCUCUCAAAGCAGCCAAUAUCCUGCCCAGCGCUCCUCUGGCUCUGAAGGCCUUUGCCUGUCGCUCCUCUGAUGUUAUUUUCUAUCUCUUUAUGUACAUGAGCAUAAUUCUAUUGGGCCUCAUCAGUCUGGACCGCUUCUUCAAGAUCGUCAGGCCCUGUGGCAGGUUGUUGGGUCAGAACCUGGUCUUUGGCAAAGUGCUGUCUGCCUCCAUCUGGGUGGUGCUGUUGGCCACUGAUGUCAUUCCAACCAUGAUCCUGACCAAUCAGGAUCCCACCAACAAGACUAAUGAAGCCUGUAUGGAAAUGAAGAGCGAAGCAGGACACGGUUUGCACAGAGGCGCGGUCAUAUUCAACAGCUCAAUCUUCUGGGUGGUGUGUGUUCUUAUUUGUUUCUGCUACGUAUGCAUAUCAAGGAAGGUUUUUAAAUCAUACAGGAAAUCAGAAAGCAGCAAUGACGAGGGGAGGCAUAAGACUAACGUGCGGGUGUUUUUGGUUUUGGUGGUUUUCUUGGUGUGUUUUGGCCCCUACCACGCCAUACGCAUCCCCUACACCCAGUUUCAGGUUACCCAAACAACCAGCUGCGCUAAGGCUACCUUCCGGAUCUCUAAAAAGAUCACCUUGUGGAUGUCAGCCAUGAACGUCUGUCUGGACCCUCUCAUCUACUUCUUCCUCUAUGCUGCAUCUAACCUGACGCCUAACCUGACGCCUAACCUGACGCCUAACCUGACGCCUAACCUGACGCCUAACCUGACGCCUAACCUGACGCCUAACCUGGCGUCUAACCUGACACCUAACCGACAUCAAACUGGCAUCUAA